CAGCCUUGACGUUGCAGACUUUUUGAAAUGGGGUUUCCAAAGUAGGCUACUUAAAUGUCGAGGCUGUCUGGACUUGCAAAGUAAGGCGAGAACUCGGACUUCACAUCGUCUUCAUGGGUUACACUUACAGUGAACAUGUUAACCAGCUGAUGAACCCUUGUCAAAGUGAUAGAUAACACGACACAGGGCAAUGCUCAGCUCCGUGGAAACUGGACAGGGGUGGACCUAAAGCUUAUAUGGUUUGGCCAGCUGAAGAGAGAUAGCAAAUAACUUCUCUUGAAACCCAUUGUUGACCUUGUCAGAAGAUAAAUUCAUAAGCAAUGGCGUCAGAAGUGGUGUGUGGAUUGAUCUUCAGAUUGCUUCUCCCAAUAUGUCUAGUUGCAGCAUGUCUGUUCCGGUACAAUGGGCUAUCGUUUGUCUACCUCAUCUACCUCUUGCUCAUUCCACUUUUUUCAGAACCAACAAAAGCAACAAUGCAGGGACAUACAGGCCGGUUAUUAAAAUCCUUGUGUUUUACAAGCCUGACCUUUCUGCUGCUCCACAUCAUCUUUCAAAUCACAAUUAACAGCCUUCAAGCCGGAAACAACAUUAACCCUGACUUCAACUGUUCAAAGUGGGAGAAAUCCAUUCGGCAAAUAGGCUUUGAGAGUGUAAGAGGAGCAGAUCCUGGCAAUGGUAUUAGGGUGUUCAUACCCGAUGUUGGGAUGUUUGUUGCAGGCCUGGCAACAUGGCUUCUGUGCCGAAGUCUGGUUCAGAAAACACCCACAGAAGACAUGGCGCAGUACAACACAGAUUUUGAAAACGAUGAACAGGAUGAGAAGCUUGAGAUCGAGGGCGAGGUGAUGUUUGAUGAGGAGUUCGAAGCGGGAGAUGAAUGCGGAAUGGAAGAGGAGGGUGUGGAAGAAGAGGAGGAGGAGGAGGAAGAGGAGGAGGAGGAAGAAAGCACAAAACUUAAAAUACUGCGCAGAAUCGCAGGAGUGGCAUCAAAAUUAAAAGAAGUUAUUGGCAAUAUUAUAACCACCGCUGGAAAAGUAGUUGUAACAAUAUUACUUGGUUUGACAGGUAUUAUGUUACCGUCUCUGACCUCAGCUGUAUAUUUCUUUACAUUUUUGGGGCUGUGUACUUGGUGGUCCUUUUGUCGAACGUUUGAUCCGCUGAUAUUCAGCUGCCUGUGUGUAUUAAUGGCCAUAUUCAGUGCAGGGCACUUGAUUGGACUUUAUUUGUACCAGUUUCAGUUCUUUCAGGAGUUUGUUCCACCAAGAGACUUCUAUGCAAGAUUGUUUGGUGUGACACCUGUAAUUCAAACCAACUGCUCAACUACAUGGAUGAUAAUAUCUCACCCAAAUUUGCUGUGGUUUCACUAUAUAAAUCCUGUCAUGCUUUUGGUGCUGUACUACACUCUCGCCACCCUCAUUCGACUGUGGCUUCAAGAGCCAAUUGAACCGAUGGACAUUGAUGAAGAAGAGAAUCCGGAACUGGAAGAAGAGAAAAAUCAAGCCGACAAUCAGAUUGUGGUGACAGUAGAAAAGAGACGAAGAAUGUGGCAAGCAGUACGCUAUGCAACCGAGGAGAGAAAACUUCUGUCUAUGACCCAGGAUGAUUACAACACUUCUGAUAUACUGUUGGUUAAAGUGAAUGGAACCCCUGUUGAUUACCACAACAUGAACUCAACCUUAGCCAUUGAGAACGGCCCAGCCAAACUAGAUGUGUACUCCACGCCCCAGUACAAGGUCGACAGAGCAGAUGACACAUCAGAGAAAAAAGAAGGCAGUGAUUAUGAUUACGAGGAAGAUGAAGUUAAUAAAGAAGAGGAAGAACCAUCAGAAGAAGAAGAAAACCCCAAAGUCCACGCUGUGGUUACCGUAUUCAGAUUUAUUAUGAAGCAAAGCUACAUCUGCGCUCUGAUAGCAAUGAUGGCAUGGAGCAUCACCUAUCACAGUUGGCUCACCUUUGUUCUGCUGAUCUGGUCUUGCACACUUUGGAUGGUCCGCAACAGACGGAAAUAUGCCAUGCUUACUUCUCCAUUCAUGGUGUUCUAUGGAAACCUGGUGUUGAGUCUUCAGUAUAUUUGGAGCAUUGAUGUUGACGAGAUUCCGAAUGUUUCAGGAAUUUUAGAGAAGAAAGAGGAACCGUUUGCAGAACUGGGAUCGAAAAUUCUUUGUGCUUUAACAUUCUGGUUGCUGCUCCGGCAACAUUUGAUGGAGAGAAAGGAGAAGUUAGAAGAUGCAGGGAAUGAUGCUCUGUCUGACAUCAGAGUGGAAAAAGAGGAGGAGGAGGAGGAAGAGAAAGAAAUCAUGCACGUUCUGGGUAACCUGCUUAAAGCAAUGUUUGUCAAGUACUGGAUCUAUGUCUGCGGAGGCAUGUUCUUCUUUGUCAGCUUUGAAGGAAAAAUAGUCAUGUAUAAAAUUAUCUACAUGAUGCUAUUCCUAUUUUGUGUAGCGCUGUAUCAGGUACACUAUGACUGGUGGAGAAGAAUUUUAAAAUAUUUUUGGAUGUCUGUUGUCGUUUACACCAUGUUCGUCCUUAUCCUUGUCUACACAUAUCAGUUUAAGUCCUCCCCAAGUGUGUGGUCGAACAUGACGGGGAUGGAUGAAGAAAAACUAAAGGAUCUGGGGCUAGAGCGGUUCGGUGUUACAGAGCUUUUCACUAGGAUAUUCAUCCCAACUUCGUUCUUGCUUGUGUGCAUUCUGCACCUGCAUUAUUUCCAUGACCACUUUCUCGAGCUCACAGACCUGAAGACAUUGGCUGCUAAGCAGGACAGUACCAUUUACAGCCAUGCCAAAGUCAAUGGUCGUGUUUAUCUGAUAGUUAAUAGCAUCAAGCAAAAAAUAUCCAGUCACCAGAAUGAGCUGGUGCACCAGGAUGGUAGUUUGGUUGACAUCACCAUGAUGAAUAUGACCACCAGUAAUUGUAAUGAAGAGGUGGAGGAGAAGAGUCAGGUGGAAACAGAUGAAAAAGGAGAAGAGAAAGAACCAGAAGACAGUGGAGAUAAAGGAGGGAGCAGACACUGCAGUGAUGGAGACCAACCCAGCGGAGCCGAGACCCUAACAGAGGAAACAUCGGAUUUCAAGAAUAAAUGGCAUCUGGUCAUAGACCGCCUGACAGUGCUUUUCUUGAAGUUUCUUGAGUAUUUUCACAAACUGCAGUUGUUUGUCUGGUGGCUUUUUGAACUACACAUUAUCAAAGUAGUGUCAUCCUACAUCAUCUGGAUCACAGUCAAAGAGGUUUCCUUCUUCAAUUACGUAUUUUUGAUAUGCUGGGCUUUUGCUCUUCCAUAUAGCCAGUUCCGCCCACUAGCAUCAAGCAUCUGUACUAUAUGGACCUGUGUUAUAAUUGUCUGCAAAAUGUUGUACCAACUGUCUUCUAUAGAUGAAGGAAGCUACUCUGUAAACUGCACAAUGUCACUGAAUUGGACUGAAGAGAAGAAAAAAGAAAUGAUGACAUCCCUCCUUUAUAAUAAAUCUAUUGACCCUUCCAACUGGGUUGGAUUAAAGAAGUCAUAUCCCCUCUUGGAAUACCUUAGGAACAACCUUUUGAUGCUGGCACUCUUGGCCUUUGAAAUAACAAUUUACCGCCACCAGGAAUAUUAUAGAUUGAAAAACAAUCUCACAGCACCUGCGACUAAAACCAUCUUUCAUGCUAUUACAAGACAUCACUUGGAUGAUGGAAUUGUGAACUGUGCCAAGUAUUUUGUAAACUACUUCUUCUACAAGUUUGGUUUGGAGACAUGCUUCCUUAUGGCAAUUAAUGUGAUCGGUCAGAGAAUGGAUUUCUAUGCAAUGCUCCAUGCCUUCUGUUUAGUCGCUGUAAUGUAUCGGCGCAGGAGAAAAGCCAUUGCAGAAAUCUGGCCAAAAUACUGUUGCUUUCUGGCUUGCAUCUUGACAUUCCAGUACUUCAUUUGUAUUGGCAUUCCACCUGCAGCUUGUAAAGACUAUCCAUGGAGAUUUCAGGGUUCUGGCAUGGACUCUAAUGUUAUAAAAUGGCUGUACUUUCCUGAUUUCCACACAAGUCCCAAUUCAGUCUUUCUUGUCUAUGACUUUAUGCUUCUGCUCUGUGCAUCCCUGCAAAGAGAAGUGUUUGAAGAUGAGAACAAAGCAGCGGUGCGGAUCUUGGCUGGGGACAACGUGGAAAUAUGUAGGGAUCUGGACGCAGCUUCCUUCAGCCAGCACAACCCAGUUCCUGACUUCAUUCACUGCAGAUCUUACCUGGACAUGCUGAAGGUGGCGAUGUUCAGUUAUCUCUUUUGGUUUGUGCUCACCAUCAUCUUCAUCACAGGAACAACUCGGAUCAGCAUAUUCUGCAUGGGCUACCUAGUGGCCUGCUUCUACUUCCUGCUGUUUGGUGGGGGUCUCUUACUGAAACCCAUCAAAGUCAUCCUGCAUUUCUGGGACUUCCUCAUCGCCUACAACGUGUUUGUGAUCACCAUGAAGAAUGUCCUGUCUCUAGCAGCCUGUGGCUACAUUGGCCCUUUGGUCAAAAACUGCUGUUGGUUAAUCCAAACAUUGAGUCUGGCCUGCACUAUUAAAGAAUAUAAACCUCCUGAGAAGACUGAAAACUGUGAAUUACCCAGUGAUGAAGCUGGCAUCAUUUGGGACAGCAUUUGCUUUGCCUUCUUGUUGCUUCAGAGAAGGGUCUUCAUGAGCUACUACUUCUUGCAUGUAGUCGCAGACAUUAGAGCCUCCCAGAUCUUAGCCUCAAGAGGAGCAGAACUUUUUCAGGCCACUAUUGUGAAAGCUGUGAAAGCCAGGAUUGAAGAGGAAAAAAAAUCCAUGGAUCAGCUCAAGAGACAAAUGGAUCGUAUCAAAACCCGACAACAGAAGUUCAAGAAGGGCAAGGAGAGGAUGUUGAGCUUGGCCCAGGAGUCAGGAGAGGGGGCGACCCUGAUUCAGAAUGAGGAAGAGGAGGAUGAUGAAGGAGAAGCAGACAAAGAAAAAGCCAAGGGCAAAAAAAGGCAGUGGUGGCGGCCUUGGGUUGACCAUGCUUCCAUGGUGCGGAGUGGGGAUUAUUACUUGUUUGAGACGGACAGUGAGGAGGAAGAAGAGGAGGAGAAAAAGGAUGAUGAAGAGCCCCCUAAGAAAUCUGCAUUCCAGACAGCAAUUGGAAAAUUUGCUUCAGCUAUUUUGGCCUUGCCAAAAUCUAUUAUUAAACUGCCCAAAACUAUUCUUCAGUAUGUAAUCAGGGCAGCAAAGUUUGUUUACCACGCCUUGAUGACAGAAUCCCUCAAGGAACAGAGCAAAGAGAAAAUGAAGUUUUGGAAGAGGUACACUAGUAAAGGCAACAAGAAAAAAGAUGACAAAGAAGCUUAUGUUGCCAUUGAGUGUGGAGAGCAGGAGGAGGAACCAGGAACCUCAAGAGAAGGAAAGAAAUCUAAUGGACCAGAUAACAUCAUAAAGCGGGUUUUUAAUAUUGUGAAGUUCACCUGGGUCCUCUUUCUGACACUGCUGGACAGCUUUACAGAGUGGCUGAACUCCAUUUCCAGGGAGCAUAUCGAUAUCUCCACUGUUCUCAGGAUAGAACGAUGUAUGCUGACCAGAGAAAUCAAAAAGGGAAAUGUUCCAUCUCGGGAGGGUAUCCAUAUUUAUUACCAGAACCAGAUGCGGUUGAAUCUUUCCAGGGAGUCUGGGCUGGACCAGCUUGAUGAUGACCUCUCUGCUUCAUGUUCUCACAAUGCAGACCGGAAACGUGGGGCUCGCAGAAUGCACAGUUUAGACUCUGUAGCCUCUCGUGACAGCUUGUCGAGUGUCUACACUGAAGCCACCAUGCUGUUUUCACGGCAGUCUACCUUAGAUGAUUUAGAUGGACCCCCAGAACAUGUUCCUAAAACAAGUGAGCGUGCUCGACCUAAGCUUCGCAAAAUGUACAGCAUGGAGAUGUCCUCCUCAUCAGCUGACAGUGACAGCAUUGUAUCAAGUGAACCAACACAGUGCACCACAGUGUUCUCCCGGCAGGGUACCACUGACACAAUUGAAGAAGUGGAGGACGAAGAGGAUGAGGGCGCCCUCACCGGUGUUGUAUAUCAGACAGACUCAGGGGUGCCUUUGGGGGCAGGGGGUCCAGGAUACCCUAAUGAGGAACUUGGAUAUAAAAUAGAGGUCGAUGCAAACCGUGCAGCGGAUCAGGAAUGUCACACUGAACAAUGUGAUUCAGGGGAUCAAGAACAUGGGGCGGGAGAUCAGGAAUUAAAUGCAGGAGAUCACCAGUAUGGUGCUGAAGAUCACAUGUACCCUGCAGAAUGUGUGAUCGAGCUGUACACCCCUGACACUGAUGGGCCAGCCACCUACCCCACAGACAUUGAUGGAGACAUGCCGCCUUCUUACAGCAAAGCCGUCAGCUUCGACAGAAUGUCUGUCAGCUCUAAUGAGGACUCUGCCGACAACCAGUUAAUGGCCAUGACAACGGACGACAGCAGGACUGAAAAUUUGGAUGACAUCAUAUUGCCUUCCCUUACCCACGAGCUGACUGCCAGUGAGCUGCUACUGAACAAGAUGUUUUAUGAUGAAGAGUUGGAAAGCUCUGAUAACUUUUACAAACAGCAGCCUCAGAUUCUACAGCUUUGCUAUGCCCUCUACAACACACUGGUAGCACGCUCAGAAAUGGUGUGUUACUUUGUCAUCAUUCUGAAUCACAUGAUUUCUGCCUCCAUGGUAACCCUGGUGCUCCCCAUCCUCAUCUUCCUGUGGGCCAUGCUUUCAGUUCCCAGGCCCAGCAAGCGUUUCUGGAUGACAGCCAUUGUCUACACUGAGGUAGCGAUUGUUAUAAAAUACUUUUUCCAGUUUGGUUUCUUCCCCUUCAAUCAGAACUUAGGGGUCAACAAGAACAAGCCCUAUCACCCACCCAAUAUAAUAGGAAUUGAGAAGAAGGAAGGCUAUGUGCUCUAUGACCUGCUUCAGCUCUUGGCUCUCUUCUUUCACAGAUCCAUUUUAAAGUGCCACGGCUUAUGGGAUGAAGAUGACUUUAGUGUCACAGAGAAUGCUACUCACAGGCAUGAGUCAGAAGAUGAGAAGUCCAUGUCCACUGAAAGAAGGGGAUCUGCCGGGUCCCUGAAAUCCGUAAACCUGGCAGCUUCCUUGGAGUCGGUCCAUGUUCACUUCCCAGAAAAGCAGACCCCAAUCAGAAGAAAGAGCUCCAGUGGCGGAUCCCAGCUCUCACACAGGUCUAACCGUUCCUCUAACAGGUCCAAAAGAGGAAGCACAAGCACUAAAAACAGCAGCAGGAGAACUAGUAGUGUGAUAAGUGUCCAGCAAAAGACUCGAAAGGAGCUUCUAAUUGAAAAAUUAAAGGAACAGCUCAUCAAGGCCAAGGCAUUGACAAUUAAAAAAACACUUGAAAUCUACAUACCCAUUAAGCAGUUUUUCUACAGUCUGAUCCACCCGGAGUACAGCGCAGUGACCGACGUCUAUGUGCUGAUGUUCCUGGCCGACACUGUUGACUUCAUCAUAAUUGUAUUUGGAUUUUGGGCAUUUGGGAAACAUUCAGCUGCUGCGGAUAUCACUUCGUCUCUGUCUGAGGAUCAGGUUCCAGAGGCUUUCCUGGUCAUGGUGUUGAUUCAAUUCGGAACCAUGGUGGUGGACCGAGCCCUCUACCUGAAGAAGACUGUCAGAGGCAAAGUCAUCUUUCAGGUCAUCCUUGUGUUCGGCAUACACUUCUGGAUGUUCUUCAUCUUGCCAAGUGUAACUGAGAGGCGAUUCAGUCAGAAUACUGUUGCCCAGCUCUGGUAUUUUGUAAAAUGCAUCUACUUUGGAUUAUCAGCCUAUCAGAUCCGGUGUGGAUACCCGACACGUGUCCUCGGUAACUUCUUAACAAAAAGCUACAACUACGUCAACCUCUUCUUAUUCCAGGGAUUCCGCCUGGUACCCUUCUUGACUGAACUCAGAGCUGUGAUGGACUGGGUGUGGACAGAAACAACUCUCAGUCUGUCCAGUUGGAUCUGUGUAGAAGAUAUCUACGCACACAUUUUUGUACUAAAAUGCUGGAGAGAGUCAGAAAAGCGAUACCCCCAACCUCGAGGACAGAAGAAGAAGAAAGUGGUAAAGUACGGGAUGGGAGGCAUGAUCAUUGCGCUGCUGAUCUGCAUUGUAUGGUUCCCCCUGCUUUUCAUGUCUCUCAUCAAAUCUGUGGCUGGAGUUGUCAAUAAACCAUUGGACGUCUCCAUUAAAAUAACCCUUGCCGGUUUCCAGCCCAUCUUUACAAUGAGUGCCCAGCAAACUCAAUUAAAAGAUCUCUCUGACAGUGAUUUUAAAGCAUUUAUAACGCGUUACAACAAAAUAAAUGAGGAUACAUUGCAGUUUUUGGAAGCCUACACCCAUAAGGACGUCACAAUUGCAGAACUGGAAGGGGGUUCUAAUUCUCUCUGGACCAUCAGCCCUCCUAGUCGUACAAAACUGAUAGACGACCUGAAAAAAGAAGAUUCAGAUUUCUCUCUUUCUAUUUCGUGGACCAUUCAAAGGGAUCCCAGUCUUGGGGCUAAAGCCGAGAUGGCAUUUAAUAAGCAUGUAAUUCAGCUAGAUAAAAAAGUAAAAACUGGUCUUAUAGAGCUACUGAAAAGUGACAGUGCGCCCCCUGUCAAUAUAAGUAAUAUUUUCCCAUGCUAUAUCCGAGCACCCAGUGAUUCCAAUUCAAAACCUAUUAAGCAGCUUUACAAAGAUGGCAAAUACCACAACAUCUCCUUAAAACUUGAGCGAAACAUGAACAGUACCAAUCAGGCUCAGGAGUGGUGGAUUGUGCGUGAUAACGAAAAUAAAGAAGGCCUGAAACUGUAUGUUUUCAGUGAUCAAGUCAGCCCACCAAGUUUAGGUUUCCUUGCUGGAUAUGGAAUCAUGGGUCUCUAUGCCUCUGUCGUGCUGGUGAUUGGAAAGUUUGUGCGUGAGUUCUUCAGCGGGAUCUCCCACUCAAUCAUGUUUGAAGAACUGCCCAACGUAGAUCGCAUCCUCAAACUUUGCACAGACAUCUUCCUGGUUCGUGAGACUGGGGAGCUCGAGCUAGAGGAGGACAUGUACUCCAAGCUCAUCUUCCUCUACAGAUCACCAGAGACUAUGAUCAAAUGGACACGGGAGAAGACAAAAUGAGCACAGUCUGCAGGUUUAGCAGAGCACGAAUAUGGAAAACAAAGCACAAUAUUCUCAGAAUAGCUAACCUAUCUCAAAGUAAUGGAUGCUGAUAAGUUUUUUUUUUUUUUUUUUCCCUGCCGGUGCCAUGGAGUCUACAUUUUUGCCUUGUACACAAAUGAAGACCUCCACACAUUUUAUUUUUAUUUUGACUGUCAAUAUAUUAACUGAAUGAUCUUCUUACUGUUGGGAUACUGUCAGGGCUUUUAUUGUAAUGUCAUGCGUGUCUUUUACUGCUUUCGUCUAGUUUUUUUUUCGGAUUGGAGUAUGUAACACUUGAGUUGUGCAAUAAGCUGUACAGCAUGGCUCGCUGUGAAGUUAGAAGAAUACAACACUUCUCAUUAUUCAGUAUUCAAAACCAAGGGUCAGCGGUAUGUGGAGAGACACUAGCAGCUUUUUUAAAACAAAAGGACAAACUCACAAGCAGUGGUUCUGCAGGAGCCAUUCAUAAGACAAGGCUUCUGUGAAAGUUAUAAGACAAUCUCUAAUCUGCCUUAUUUUAUUUUGUACAGUCAACUGAAAAACAUGUAUUAACCAUCAAGGACCUUUUUUUCUCAGGAACAAAAUACACAAAUAAAUAAAAAUGCAUCUCAUGAGGGGAGUAAUCCCCUGCUUUGUACAUGACCAUUGUUACGUAAAUAUCAUCUCUCCUAGAGUACAUUUGAACCAAAGGAGACCAUCCUGUAGUUCCAUGAAAAAUCAUGUCUAAAAGAAAACUCUUCACAAGGAUAUGUGCAACCAACAACACUAAAAAGAAACACCUUGCUGCACCCCUUUGUGAAGUCAUGUCAUGUUUUUACCCAACAUACAUUUUUAUUGAAAAAUGAAAUACUAAAAAAGACUUUAAUUAAUAUUUGUUUGUCCAAAAAAAAAAGAAGAAAAAGAUACAUGAAAAAAAAGACUUACAUCUUAAAUAUUGUGUAAAGGGUUAAGUAAAGGAGGUCCCGUUAUUAGGGCAGAGGCUUCCUGCAGUCUAAACUAUGCAUUAGAGAACAUUGUAGCAUGAAACAAAAAUUAUGAUCGCUAUUUAAUUUUCAUUCCAUGUACAUACAGUUUUGAAAAAAAAUGGAACAAUAAACAAUUAAAACAUU